AUGCAAGCAAGCAGGCGGGUAGCAACUAGGCAAGCAUGCAACCAGCAGCCUGCACGCAAGCAAGCAGGCGCUCCUCGUCGCCUCGGUGGCACUUCUGCUUCGCCUGGGGCUGUGACGGCUCCAUCAUCAUCAACUCCACGCCGGGCAAUAAGACCGAGAAGGAUCAACCCGCUCAUCGCCAAGGGCUCCAGGGUGACGCUCGCGGCCGACCAAGUUCCUCCCGUGGCGCCGCCCGACACCGCCGAGGUGGCGUACGCGCUGUUCGCCUCCAACUGGCCUGCGCCGGCGCCGGGUUCAUCCAAGGCCCAGCGCCCGGUGCUCACCGCGCUGCUGCGCUCCUUCUGGCCGCAGUUCCUUCUCACCGCCGUGCUCGGCGUCACUCGUGGACCGGAUGAUUCCCUCAUCGAGGCCAGGUCGGUUGAGGAGGCCAUCGCGCGGAUGUCGGUCCUGGAUCCGCAGGUGUCCCUGCCCGCUGACAAGCAUCCUGAGCGACGCCUCAAGUCGACCUUUAAGGCAUUUGAAGAGGCAGAGCUCCCUAAGCUGAAGGAAGAAAAACCAGGCCUAACGCUGCACCAGUACAAAGACAUGAUAUGGAAACUGUGGAAGAAGUCUCCAGACAACCCUCUUAACCAGGCUGCUGACUGA